AUGCCAGCUGGAACCCUUGAAGUGAUUAUUGUUGAAGGACGUCAUCUCAAAGAUCGAGAUCUUGUUGGUCAAAAUGAUGCGUACGUUGAAAUCUAUUUAGACAAAAAAUAUAAGCAACGGACGACAACCAUUUCGAACUCAAAUAACCCAAUAUGGAACGAACGGUUUACAUUCAAUCUUCAAAAAGGAGAUGACAGCAUUCAUUUCGAUGUUUAUGAUGCUGAUGUUGUUGGUCGAGAUGCGAUCGGAAGUGGUAAAACCAAACUGAAGCAUGUUUUUGAUGAUGGAAAAUUUGAUGAAUGGGUGAAAUUACCAGCUAAAUUUGGUCUGUCAUCUCAUGGAGAAAUUCAUGUUGUUAUGAAUUUCAGACCAUCUUAA